AUGAGCUACGGAGGCAACGUCGAAGGAUAUCUGCUUAAGAUUGACGGUGACGAAGCUCGUACGGUUUACUGCAUUCUCGAUGAGGGUAUUUUACAGUAUUUUUCGCGUAUGGGUGGCGAGCUGCUUGGAGCUAUUGCUUUGUCAGGAUCCAAGGUUGACGUGUUCCUACUUCCCCCAGUUGAUGAACUUGGUCAGGUGCCACACCAAUUUCGUGUUGACGCUCAAUCCCGAAACUUGCCCAAUCGUCGACGUAAUAAUAGGCAACCCAUGAAUGACGGCAAAAUAAGGACGAUAACUUUUGCCGGAUCAACGCGGGAAGUCGCGGACCAGUGGGCCAUCUCCAUCCUUAAUUGGAAUCGCUACAGCUGGGAGGACGGUCAAAUAAUUUGCAGUUCUAAGGACGAGUAUCGCAACCUUCAAAAGAUUAUCAGUAGGAGUGGCACGACAAAUGAAAAAACGACAGUCUGUAGUACCCAUUACAGUGAGCCCCGCAGUUCGUCCAUUAUAAAGAUGCACAUCUUCUAA